AUGAAAUGGUGUGCGUUCCAUGUAUGUAUGAAUUUGCACGUGUUCUUUGUAUGAGUGAGAGAGGAGAGACACGUGAGUGAAAGAGAGUGAACGAAAGAGUGAAAGCGAGAGAGAAAGAGAGAGAGAGAGAGAAAGAGAAAAAGAAAAAGCAAAAAAAAGGAAUAGCAAAAAAAGAGGGAAAACCAACAGAAGGGAAAUUGUAUGAAAAAGGAGAAGGCACGACAGAACAUGAACGUAACGUUAGUGACUCAGACCCUGAGCAAUGAGAGUUUUAAUAACAGCGCAAAUCCUGAAGUUGCAGGUAACUCGCAUUAUUCGCCAGUGGGUAAAACAUUGCUUGUAAUUGUUGCCACAUGCCUCAGUCUUGUCACUGUUGUUGGAAAUAUAAUGGUGAUGAUAUCGUUUAAAAUUGAUAAACAAUUACAAACGAUCUCCAAUUAUUUUCUAUUCAGUUUGGCAGUGGCCGAUUUUGCAAUUGGACUAUUUUCAAUGCCAUUAUUCACGGUUUAUAAUGUACUUGGAUAUUGGCCAUUAGGACCACACAUUUGCGAUACAUGGCUUGCGCUUGAUUAUCUCGCGAGUAACGCCUCGGUACUCAAUCUUCUUAUCAUCAGCUUCGAUAGAUAUUUCUCAGUCACCAGGCCACUCACUUAUCGGGCAAAGAGAACCACCUACAAGGCUGGCAUCAUGAUUGCUUGUGCCUGGGGAAUAUCGCUUUUACUGUGGCCACCGUGGAUUUACGCGUGGCCUUAUAUCGAGGGCCAACGAACAGUUCAGGAAAACGAUUGUUAUAUACAAUUUCUUGAGACGAAUCAUUAUAUUACAUUUGGCACGGCAAUUGCGGCUUUCUACAUACCCGUCAGUGUCAUGAUUUUUCUUUACUGGCGUAUAUGGCGAGAAACUGAAAAACGUCAAAAGGACUUACCGAAUCUGCAAGCAGGAAAUCAGGACGCGAGCAAGAGGAGCAAUUCCAGCGAUGAGGCCUUAGAUCUGGAUGAAUGCAGGAGGCCGAGAAGCGAGUCAAGUACAGGCGCAGAUGAACUUAAUACUCACUUCGCCGUUUCUUAUCUGGAUAGGCAUUAUCCUCAGCAUAAAAUGAAGCAUCGGCCCUUUUCUUGGACUUGGUUAAAAAUGUGGUGUAUCGCGUGGUGGCACAGUGGCAGAGAGGAUGAGGAUGACGAGGACGAUAUUGGCGGACCGGAGAGCAGUAAAGCUGGCUGUGAGGAAACCCUUACGCCAAUUUCCGCCGAAACACCAAUAACAGGAACGGAAUCGCGUUGCCCGUCUCUCAGUGUCAUUCAAGCAACGAGCUUGCCUCUCGACAAAGUCACUGCCACUGCCGUUGAACUUAAUUCCGAAUACAAAACAACAACAAGAACCGCCGGCAACGAUUCGGUUUACACGAUACUGAUUCGUCUACCGACAAAAGAGGAUGGCGGACGUUUUGGAAAUGAGGGUCCAAGUAUAAAAAUGUAUCACGACGAGGUGAUGACAUUUAGUGUUCAUAAUGCAGUUGAGGGUCGUCAGGAGAAGGGAAAAGUUUUGAAUUUAGAAACAUCAUUGGCGAGUCCAUCGUCAAUAAUUCGACGACCAUCGCACAUUCCCGAUAUAAGGAUACCAUUAAAUGCUCGUAAUGUUCCGAAAACAUUGACAACAGGAGGAGGUGGAGGUGGUGGUGGAGGAGGAGGUAAAGGUAAUAUGCUUACAAAACCGCCAGUGAAGAAAAAAAAGAAGACCCAGGAGAAGAAGGCUGAUAAAAAAGCCGCUAAAACAUUAUCGGCCAUUCUUCUUGCCUUUAUUAUCACCUGGACCCCGUACAAUAUUCUCGUUCUAUUAAAACCUCUCGCCGCCUGUACGGACUGUAUACCAAAGGAAAUUUGGGAUUUAUGCUAUUAUCUUUGUUAUAUUAAUAGUACAGUGAAUCCAGUGUGUUAUGCAUUGUGUAACGCGAAUUUUCGUCGAACCUACGUCAGGAUUCUCACGUGCAAGUGGCAUAGUAGAAACAGAACUGCAAUGAAUCGUGGUUAUUGAAUUAAUUAAAAAAAAAAUUAAAUAAAUAAAUUCGUGGUUCAAAUAAGAGCUCAAAAAUCGUGAUCACAAGUCCGAUUUUUACGAGAAGAACAAGAAGAGAAACAAAUUCUUUAAUUCUCAAAAAAGAAAAUCGGAAUUUCGAUUCUUUCUUUUCGAAAGGCGAGAAAAUUUUUUUUGACAGCCUUAUCGCAUUUUCAAACUCUUUCGAAAAAACGACUCACAAUCGAGAGUGAAAAUUUUCAAAGACAUUGUAUUUUGUGCCUCCAAAAAAAAGGAAAUCUGCGCGAUUUCGAAAAGUAGAAAUAUUAUCUCCAAAAAAAACGGAGUCUUGAAAUUUUUACUUCAAUUCUCCCCUUCUUACAAACAAAAAUAUCCGCAGAUCUUCCCAAUUUUUCAUAAAAUCGCAAGUGAACCAGAGGCACUUUAAACCGCACAAAAAAAAUAUUUACUCGGAAAAAUUCCUAAAAAAAUUGUUAAACAAAAAAACAAAGAAGCUUCGAAUCGCGUUUCGAAAAGACUUUUUUUCUAAUUUUAAGAAGUAGUCAUCAAGUGAUAACAGAAAAUCGUAAAAUGAAUAAUGAAUGUUAGGUAAAUAGUGUAAAAGAAAGAAAAAAAAAUAGCGUUGGAAAGACAAUGGAAAAGGAUUUUUUAAAAAUAAUAAAAAAAACGACGCAGAGAAUCGAAUGCUUCCGUACUGAAUGACAUUCUAAUUAUACGUGCCAAACAAAGCUUUAAAAAAAGAUAUUGACGAAUAAAAAAAAAAGUAGAGAUUUCCAGUUUAAAAAACGAGAAAAAAGCGAAACCAAAGAAAUAUAAUUAAUAGAUCAAGCAACGUGCUUGUUUCGAUAGAUUAGCGAUUGGUGAAAACUCUCGAACAAAAAAAAAAAAAAAUGAAAAGAAAAAAAAACGCUGAAUUCCACCCGGAAACAAAUAUUGUAAACAUUGUUUAUUGUAAUAUAUUGUAUCAUUGUAACGAUCUCGUAAAUCGCAUUUUUAUUACUAAUAUAAUAUACAUAUAUAUAUUCUAAUAAAAGAAGAAAAAAAAAUGUCAAAUGACGCUCGAAUUUCCAGGUGGAAUUUGGCGAUAAAUAUUUAUUUG